GGUGGGUGGGUGUGCGCGCGCGUUUAUCACGGAACUGCGCGGAGCAAAACUCGACCUGCGUGUCACAACAUACACAACUCUGCAUGGCACCGACCUGUAAUCAUGGAGCCAUAAACGUGUGUUAUAGUGGAUCUAGACGCAUAAUUCCAGGCUGAGGAUACAGGUGCUUCAGAGACGCCAAAUCAUAUCAUAAGAAGGCAGCUGUGCAAAAAAGGACUUGAGUUAGUUAAUGAAAAAUGUGGAUCUGCGCAAGUAUAUUAAGUUGUGUGCUGUUUUUGGCCAGAGAUGCAAGAGCUAUGAGCAAGAUUUUUGGUGAGCCAGAGCCGGUCAGGAUGGUAUCUGAGGGCUCAGACUGCCGCUGUAAGUGUGUGAUGCGGCCGCUGAGCAUUGAGGCUUGCACCAGGCUCCGUGACGGAAGCUUACGAGUGGAUGAUUUCUACACUGUGGAGACGGUCAGCUCAGGCUCCGACUGUAAAUGUUCCUGCACGGCUCCUCCCUCCUCACUCAACCCAUGUGAGAAUGAAUGGAGAACAGAAAAACUCAGGAAACAAGCCCCUGAACUACUCAAGCUCCAUUCCAUGGUGGAUCUGCUGGAAGGGACAUUGUACAGCAUGGAUCUGAUGAAGGUCCAUGCCUAUAUGAACAAGGUUGUGGCUCAGAUGAACACAUUAGAAGAGACUAUAAAGACAAACCUUACCAGAGAGAAUGAUUUUGUAAGGGACAGCAUAGUAAAUCUGUCCAAUCAGCUAAAACGCUACGAGAACUACUCUGACAUCAUGGUGAGCAUCAAGAAAGAGAUCUCCAGCCUGGGACUACAGCUGUUGCAGAAAGACGCAGCCUCUGACAGUAAAGCACAGGGCACAGAGAAUAAAAAGUCCAAGGACAUAAAACCACCCAACAAGAAACCCCCAGCUGUCAAACCUCCACCCAAACAGCCUAAAGAGAAACCCGUCAAGCCCAAGAAAGAGGCUCCUGCCAAAGCAUCAAAACCUGUGAAGCCAGAUCCCACCAGCAAAACCAAGACCUUAGUGCAUCAGACGGGAGUCAUCAGGGGGAUCACAUACUACAAAGCCUCCAAGACAGACAACUCUGAGUCACAUUCAGCGGGGAGAGGAGAGAGAGAAAACUCAGCCAAAACCCAAGCUGGCCACCUAACCGAGGACAAAAGGGGCUCCAAGCUAGUUUUGGAAGAGUCUGAAAUAAUCUCGACUGUACCACCAAUAACAACCACUACACUUGUUGCUGUGACAACAACAAGCACCACACUAGCAACCACCAGUGAAGUGCCUGUCAUGAAUUCAACCAUGUUCACACCAGCAACAGAGAAAGCAAUGGACAGUGGAGGAAAGACACACUUGCACAAAGCAGGUAAAUCUUUAGACUGUGAGGGCACACUGGCUUCAGUGGAGAUGCCAGAGAAGCACCACAGUUAUGGACGGAAUGAAGGAGCCUGGAUGAAAGACCCAGUGGCCAAAGACAACAAGAUCUACGUUACAAACUACUACUACGGCAAUAACCUGGUGGAGUUCCGCAACCUGGAGAAUUUCAAACAAGGACGCUGGAGUAACCUCUUCAAGCUACCCUACAACUGGAUAGGAACUGGUCAUGUGGUCUACAAUGGUUCCUUCUAUUACAACAGGGCCUUCACCAAAAACAUCAUCAAAUAUGACUUGCGCAUGCGCUUCGUGGCAGCUUGGACUCAGCUUCAUGAUGCGGUGUAUGAGGACACCACACCGUGGAAAUGGCGAGGACAUUCAGACAUCGAUUUCGCCGUCGACGAGAGUGGUCUCUGGGUAAUCUACCCAGCGCUGGAUUAUGACUACUCACAACACGAAGUCAUCAUCAUCAGCAAGCUGGACCCAAGCGACCUGUCCAUGAAGAAGGAGACAACAUGGAGGACUGGGCUGAAGCGCAGCUCGUAUGGAAACUGCUUCAUCGUGUGCGGUGUGCUGUACGCCAUUGACGUGUACAACCAGAAAGAGGGUGAGAUCUUGUAUGCCUACGAUACGCACACGAACACGGAGGCUGCUCCACGUUUGCCGUUCACUAAUGAGUAUGCCUUUGUGACCCAAGUGGACUACAAUCCCAAAGAUAAGGUGCUGUAUGCCUGGGACAAUGGCCAUCAGAUUACCUACAAUAUUCACUUUGUGGGUCAGUGAAGUUUUUUCUAGAAUCUGAAGCGGUUGGCGUCUUCUUUAAUUUAGCCUGGUGCAUAGGGAAAUACACCAUUUAUGGGAGCACAUUGCUUUCUUUAUUGGUAUGGUGAUUGAGAUAAAGAUAAAGGCUCAGUGAAGGAAUGUCGAAUCAACAACAACAGUACGGUAAAGACAGAUAUACAAAAAUAUAAGUAAACAGGAAGUAUUUAUAAUUGUCAGAGAUAAAUAUCUCUGAUGCAUGUAAUGUAAAAGAUCAGUCCGAUUAAAAGAUCACAAUGAUUAAAUCUUGAAGGAAUACAGAAAAAUAACAAAUAAAUAAAUAAAUAAA